AUGGAAUUCCUUGAAGAUGCUGUAAAAGCUAUCUCCAGUCUGAUAACUGGAGAACAAGGAACUAAAGGCGAGUGGGAUAAAGAAAACCGUUACAUGUCAUUUGUUCAAGAAAGAAAAAAUUGUCAUGCAAAAUGGUAUGUCGACGGUAAGGACUAUUUCUAUGCUGUCUCGGAAGCUCUAAUGAGCGCUAAAGAGGAAAUUUUAAUCGAAGACUUGUGGCUUUCGCCUGAAUUGUAUCUUCGUAGACCUCCUGCCAAGAAUGAAGAAUAUCGCCUUGACCGUUUACUUAAAAAGAAAGCAGAAGAAGGAGUGAAGAUUUAUGUCGUUGUUUAUAAAGAAGUUCCCAAAACUAGUACUUAUGACUCUUGGCAUAGUAAAACUACUUUACAGUCAUUGCACAAGAACAUCCUCGUGCAAAGACAUCCUAACCAUCUUAUUAAUGGGACUUUACUUUGGACGCAUCAUGAAAAAAUUAUAGUUGUCGAUAGGCAUACUUCUUUCAUUGGUGGUUUGGAUUUGUGCUUUGGUCGUUAUGAUACUUCGACGCAUCAACUUGCCGAUUUCCAUGAAUAUUCUAAACAUUAUUCUAUCUGGCCUGGUCAAGAUUAUUCAAAUCCUAGAAUCAAGGACUUUUUUGAUGUAAAAUUUUGGGCAAGAACUAUAAUCGAUAAAAAACAAUUUGGGCGUAUGCCAUGGCAUGAUGUAUCCAUCGGUUUUGUUGGCAAACCUACACUUGACAUUGUGCGUCAUUUUGUUCAACGCUGGAAUUUUAUCAAAAAAAAUAAGGCAGAAGAUCGUCCUGAAUAUCCAGUUUUGAUUGCCAAAUCUGAUAAACAAUAUGAUCGUGAACAUCCUCCGCAAGUCAAACAUUAUAGCUAUGGUAACGGACAAACUAUUAGUUGUCAUCCAGAUGAAGGUACAUGCGAUGUUCAAAUUGUCAGAUCUAGUUCCAUUUGGAGUAUUGGUCUUAACGAAGUGGAGCAUUCAAUCCAAAAUGCUUACGUCAAAAUUAUUGAAGAAUCUCAACAUUUCAUAUAUAUAGAAAAUCAAUUCUUCGUUACUGCCACAAAAGAAAGUGACAAUUAUCCAGUAAAGAAUCUUAUUGGAAAGGCAAUUGUAGAUAGAAUUAUUAGAGCCUAUAAGAAUAAUGAACAGUUCAGAAUCAUUGUUUCCAUGCCUUUGCUUCCAGCUUACGAAUCUGAAUUUGAUUCCAGUGAUGUUACCAGUAAUGUCGGUACUAUUCGUACUAUCGUACAUUACCAACUCAAAUCAAUUUGCCGAGGUGGAUAUUCAAUUUUUGAAGUUUUAAAACAAAAUGGUGUUACUAACCCUGAAAAGUACCUUGGGUUUUACGCACUUCGUACUUUUGACAAAAUCAAUCCUAAGUCCGUAGAAAAAGGUUUGGGCGUAUUAAAUGAUGAAAUAGAGUUUGGAAGAAAUCCUGUAGUUGCUGAAACUGCUGAUAAAAAUCCUUCUGGGAACUACAUAACUGAAGAAGUAUACAUUCACAGCAAACUUUUAAUUGCUGAUGACAGAAUUGUUAUAUGUGGUUCCGCUAAUUUAAAUGAAAGAUCACAAAAUGGUGAUUUUGACUCUGAAAUUGCUGCUGUUAUUGAAGACAGGGAAUACAUUGAUUCUAAAAUGGCUGGCAAAGACUGGAAAGCUGGAAAGUUUGCAGCCACUUUACGCCGUCAUAUCUUUAAGGAACAUCUUGGAUUGUUUAAUGAAACUGACCAUGAAAAAGUUAAUACAUUCUGUUAUCCACCACCAAUACCUGUUGAUUAUCAAGAACUCUCUAAAGAAGAUUAUAUUGUUCAAGAUCCAGUUAGCGACGAAUUUUAUUAUAAACAUUGGCACCAAACUGCUACCAUUAAUACAGAAGCUUUUCGUACAGUGUUUCGUUGUGUUCCAGAUGAUAAUCUUACGAGCUGGGAUGAUUUCAAAACGUUUGUUCCAGAUCGAUCAAAGAUUCCAGCUGGUCACGUUCAUAAUCAUAAAUUAACCAACGAAGAAAUUGAAGCAGAAUUAAGUAAAGUAAAGGGUCACUUGGUUCACUAUCCGUUACAAUUUAUGAAUAAAGAAAAAUUGUCAGGAUCAUUUACAUUAGAUUCUAUGGCUCCUACGGAAGUAUACAUUUAA